AUGCAUCGCCCUCUACUCCCUAUUUUCUUAGCCAGCAAGCUUGCCGUUCCUGCGAAAGUCCUCACCGUUCCGUCUUUGCUAUUGCGCGGAAGCUUGACCGGUAGUCUCCAUGUUAAAUCUUCAAUACUGCAGAGACGAUUUGUUUCGAACUCUGUUCACCUUUCCGAGGGCAAGAUAGUUUCUCCUCCUUCUUUCAGCAGAUCAACCGUGCUGCUUUGCUCUCUCGCAUCUGCCGCUGUGACGCUCUGCCUUGGAUAUGGCUACAAUUCAUACCUAAGUCAAGCCGAUCCAAAGAUUUUUGGUUCUCCCAUAAAGUAUGCAGAACCAGCUGUCAUGCUUCAGGCAGUCCAGGACAUUGCUAAUGAGUUAGGAGAUGAAUCAAUUACUUAUGAUGAAGAUGAGAUAUUGAGACACUGUUAUUCGGAAUGGUCGACGUCGAACUCGGAGAAUAGACCUAUAGCGGUUGUAUAUCCGAAAGACACUGAUGAUGUUGUCAAAAUUGCAAAGAUCUGCUCCAAAUAUAAGGUGCCAAUGAUACCAUUUGGAGCGGGCUCAAGUGUGGAGGGCCAUAUCUCAACUCCUUGUUCGGGGUUGAGUAUCGACUUUGUGAAGAUGGACAAAAUCGUACAAUUUCAUCCGGAUGAUAUGGAUAUUGUCGUACAGCCUGCUGUGAAUUGGGUGAACCUCAAUGAGCAGAUCAAGGACAGCGGUCUUUUUCUUCCAUUGGACCCCAGCCCAACGGCUCACAUUGGAGGAAUGGUCUCUACAAAUUGCAGUGGUACCAAUGCAAUGAGGUAUGGCACAAUGAAAGACUGGGUCAUCAAUUUGACCGUAGUCUUAGCCGACGGUACUGUAAUCAAAACGCGAAGACGGCCACGUAAAACUUCCGCGGGAUACAAUCUGAACUCCCUUUUUGUGGGAGCUGAAGGGACCUUAGGUCUGAUUACUGAAAUCACGCUCAAGUUGGCUGUUGUUCCUGAAGCUACCAGUGUUGCAGUCGUCACAUUUCCUUCUGUUGUUGAUGCUGCAACAGCCGCAUCGAAGAUCAUCAGAACAGGUAUCCCCUUGGCGGCCAUGGAAAUUAUGGAUGAAGUACAGAUGCAGGUCAUUAAUAAGAACGGGGGUACUGGUGGGAGGUUGUGGGAAGAACGGCCGACUCUAUUUUUCAAGUUCUCCGGUACAGAGCAAGCGAUCAAAGACCAAAUCCAGCGUAUACAGACUAUAGCAAAGCAGUGGAAAGGCGGAAAGUUUCAAUUUGCGCAGACGGAGGCAGAUAAAGUAGUUCUUUGGUCUGCAAGAAAAGAAGCUUUAUGGGCAAUGCUCGCACAACGACUACCAGGUACUGAAAUUUGGAGUACAGAUUGUGCAGUGCCAUUAUCAAGGUUGGCUGAAAUCAUCGAUAUUUCAAAAGAAGAAUCAGGGAAAUUAGGUCUGUUUUCUAGUGUACUCGGACAUGUAGGGGAUGGGAAUUUCCACCAAGCGGUGAUGUAUAACCCCAAAGAUCCAGCCGAGACGGCUGCCGUCAAUAAAUGCGUGCAUGAUAUGCUAGACAGGGCGUUAGAAAUGGAAGGCACAAGCUCUGGAGAGCAUGGAAUAGGUCUCGGAAAGAAGGUGAGUGAUGAGAAUUAG